UUUUGGGAUUGUAAGGACAUCAAAUUAAAUAGUUGAUAGUAAGGCUUAACAGAUUUCUUUCUAUCUCAUUCGUACAAACGUACAUUUUAUAAAAGAAGCUUGAAAAGAAUAAACAAUUUUCCAAUAAAUACGGACUUUUUUAAUAGCACGAAUUACUGUUCCAAAUUACCAAUUACCCAUAGUUCUUCUAUAAUAUAUGUAAUCUAAAUAAUCUUUUUUAUUUAAAAGUGAUAAUUUUUCUACUUUGAUGGUGAAUAUUGAUAUCUUGCAAGAAUAUAAGUGCGUUAAUACACAUGAUAACAAAAAUGGUGCUCCUAUAUCCAGUCAAUUAUACAAAGUAGCGCAGUGGCGGGUUGUGAGCACGGAUCGGGUGGCGCAGGGCCAGGCGGCGGGCGGCCGGCAGACACCAUUCGCCGUGUCAAGGUGAAGAUGUCAUCGGUGUCGGCUCAGGGCGUGGUGGAGCGCGCAUCCGCGGAGCUAUCGCGCCGCAUCACGGGCCUGGGGCUGCGCGGUCGCAAGCGUUCGCCUGGCGUGGUCGAACGCGUCGCAAACGCGCUAUGUGGACCGGCUGUUGCAGCAAGCGCUCCGCGUGUUCCUCGCCGUCGUCGACCCUCACCGAGACCUCUAGUGUGGAGUCAAUUUAUUCUAGAAGAAAGGUUCCUCGAGAAGUUCUUUUUGUACUUCAACGCGAGUGACAGGCGAACACUAUCGCAAGUGUGCACUAAAUGGCGAGAUGUGCUAUACUCGUCGCCGCGCUGGUGGACCGGGCUCGUUUCGGUGCUCGACUGUCGCGAACUUCGUUCAUCAACCGGUUGUUGCAUGCAAAGGUUCUAUAAUUCAUUAAUUAGGAGAGGUAUUCGUGGGGUUGUAUUAGUUUCGGCAACGGAUGAUGAUAUUAAUGAAUUCAUAAGACAGUUUCCUCUAUCAGCUCACCAUGUGCACGCUAUCAGCUUAAAAGGAUGCACCAUAACAGAUAGAGGGUUAGAAGCUAUAUUGGAUCACUUGCAGGUUCUUUUUGAAUUAGAAUUAACGGGAUGCAAUGAAAUAACAGAGGCUGGUCUAUGGGCAUGUCUAACUCCACGAAUUGUCUCACUCACGCUUACUGACUGCAUUAACAUUGCUGACGAAGCUGUGGGCGCAGUGGCGCAACUACUACCUUCUUUGUACGAGUUCUCUUUGCAAGCGUACCACGUGACUGAUGCUGCACUUGGAUAUUUCUCACCCAAGCAAAGUGCUUCGCUAAGCGUCCUCAGACUCCACAGCUGUUGGGAACUUACCAAUCAUGGUGUUGUUAAUAUUGUGCACUCAUUGCCAAACUUAACGGUAUUGUCGCUGAGCGGGUGCAGUAAGGUGACGGACGAAGGAGUUGAGCUACUUGCCGAGAAUUUACCGCGGUUGAGGAGCCUCGACCUUAGCUGGUGUCCACGAGUCACCGACAAUGCGCUCGAGUACAUCGCAUGUGAUCUUAAUCACCUGGAGGAAUUAACACUUGACAGAUGUGUACACAUAACAGAUAUAGGCAUAGGGUAUAUCAGUACCAUGCAGUCACUAGUGGCAUUGUUUUUGCGUUGGUGCUCACAGUUACGUGACUUCGGCGUGCAACAUCUCUGUGGCAUGCGAUCACUACAACUUUUAUCUCUGGCUGGAUGUCCGCUUUUAACAUCUGGUGGUCUCUCUAGUCUCAUACAACUGAGACAACUGCGUGAACUAGAGCUUACAAAUUGCCCCGGAGCGUCACCUGAGCUUUUUGACUACCUUCAUGAACACCUGCCGAGAUGCCUCAUUAUAGAAUAAGAAUAUAUUGUUUGCAAUCUGUUUUUUUCUUACUUGUCUUAAGUAGUGAACAAUCUUGGCAUACCCUUUAACUGUAUGUAUAUAUAUAUAUAUAUAUAUAAUCUGACAGCCUUGGAAAAUGAGGUUAAUAGUAUUUUUUGUGUAUACUAACACGCCAACUCUUCACCGCUUUUAGUAGAAAAAUAUCUUAAGUAAUAUUACUAUUUUAGUAAAAGGACACAUGUCGAGAUUGUUUACCAAAUAAAUCAGUAAAAAAAAUAGAUUAUAAUCCAAAAAGCAUUACAUGCACGUUACAGAUGUGAAUAUGCCACAGUAUAUUAAACAUUUACAAGAUUUAAAAAUAGCAGAAUAAAAUGGCUUAAUCUAUAAUAAAUAUAUAUGACAAAAGCCAAGGGAACUUCAUAUAAAUUGUAUUUUAUGAAAAGGUAUGAACGUGAUAAGUUACCAUACCUAAAGAAUUAUUAUUCUCUUUUAAGUAGCUGGUGGCAGAUGCCAUUUGACUGCACGGGUAGUAUGAGCGCGAGAUAUGCUCAAAUGUUUUAUAGUCAAGUUGAACGGUGCAUGGUCACCUACUGUGUGACCACCUAAUGUUUCGUCUAGAUAGAUAGUAGAGCUCAUUUACAUACAAAUGUGGCCUUUAGAAUUUUCGUGGAGGAUAGAGUAAUAAAUAGAAUCACCUUGUAAUAUUGUUAUAUUUACUGGCACUUAUUUUAUUUUUCAGUAAGUUUCAUAUUUUACACCAGUGACAAUGCACUAGUGAAAUUAAUAAAAUAGAGGUGUGGUGCAUUCAUUUAAAGGUUCUUAUGAUAUUAUAUUAACACACAAACCAAGUCAGUCUUUACUAAAAAUUAUAUAUAUAUAAUUUUUUAUAUUUGAAUUUAAUAUUUUUUAUCAUACAUGUAAUAAGCAUUUUUUUUUAUUUUUAUAUAACAAUGCAAGCUUUUGAAUGUCAAUACGAACAAUACGAAAGCAUACUUUGUUGUACAUGUAUUUACAUGAUUAUUUAUUUCUUGUAUAUGACGAUUUUGCUCAAAUUAUUUAAUACCGUAUCUAUAUAUAUAUAAAUUAUAUAU